AUGACUCACCAUCAUAAUUCAAAUAAGGAUUUCAAAGUAACAGAUGAUGAACUUCUUCAAUCAUUCCUCUACAACAAAAUUCAUGAUAAACCUUUGCCCGAUUAUAUGACCAUUCUCGAAUACGAUUUAUUCGGUACAGUAAAGAAUCCUUGUGAAAUUUGGGAAGAGUUUGCAGCUUCCCACUCAUAUAGUGGCAAAGACCUAUAUUUUUUCUCUACCUUAAAGAAGAAAUCAGCCACUAGCACACGCAUGGAUCGAACUAUCGGAACUGGUUCAUGGGAAGGUGAAAACAGCGGAAAAAGUGUAUUCGCCAAAAAUACAAACCAACUCCUCGGUAUAAAAAAACGUUAUCGCUUUGAGAAAAGUAAGAUGGAUUCAGAUGGUGGAUGGAUCUUGCACGAAUAUAUCCUUGACCAAUCUUUGAUAAGCAAUCCUUCGGCCAGUAAUUAUGUUCUAUGUAGAUUUAGAAAGAAUUUGAAAUUGGAUACACAAAAUACAGGAACAGGAAUAAAUCAACAAUCCAAUUCAAACAAAAAUUCAAGAGCCAAGAAUGUUGGACAAAAUAAACAAAGAAAAACCGUUGUUACUCCAUGUGCGGCGACAACAACCACCAUAACUGGCAGUAAUACUUUGUUGAGUAAAACUACAAUUUAUGAACCGAUAAACGAAUCAAAUGGUGAACACUACAAGACAAAUGUGGUUAAUGAAGAGUCUCGAUAUAAAGAGGGAAUGGAUUCUCUCAAGUGUAAUUUAAAUAUUUGGCCAAAAGAAACCAGCAUCGUUCUUGCACUCGAGGCUAUGACCAAAUCUGAGAACAAUAGUGAAAUUAACAAAGAACAUGUUGAAUGCAUUAUGAACAAAGAAGAUGAUGGUGAUAUCAUUAUAGACACAGAAGAAGAUGAUAGCAAAGAAGAAGAGGGUGAUGGCACUAUUUCUUGGCCUAAGUAUUUUUCACAAGAGUUGAUAAACAAGAAUGAAGGUUGUUUGAAGGGAGAGGAAAAUGUUCCAAUGAUUUCCAAUAAUUUUAAUAAAGAAUUGUUGUUUGAAAGUCUCCUCAAUAAUAAGUAA